GGACGCUCCGCCCAUGGAGGCGGUAGGGUAAUAACAGAGUGAAGGAAAUCGUGUAAAGACUGGCAUCUGACAGCGCAGCAGUAAGCUACGGCCAAAGUGUUGUUUGCUAUAUUUGUUAUAUUUACUUGAAGUAGCCAACUGCUUCAGAUUGUUUCGAAUGGAGACCAGACAACAGGAAAGAGGACAAGGACAUAUCAGGACAGGUCUGUUGGACCCAGAGCCUGUAACUGAAGUAGAUGAAGAGAUGGUGUCAGAUGUGGACCUCAACAACACUCUGACUGAAGAGAGGGAGGAAAUAUUGAGUGAACUCACAAAGUUAGAGGAAGACAUCUCCACCCUUAGGCAAGUGUUGGCCUCCAAAGAGAAACACCACUCAGAGCUCAAAGCCAAACUGGGUAUAACACCACUCAUUGAGUUCAAACAGAACUUCAACAGGAGCUGGUAUGACAUGCAGACUUCCACUGUGUACAAAAAGACAUCGGAGACGUUGAGCACGGCAGGGCAGAAAACGUCAGCAGCGUUCACCACACUGGGAACAGCCAUCAGCAGGAAGUUUGGGGAUAUGAGAUCAAAUUCACUUGGGAACUCGCCCAGUUUCAAGUCCUUUGAGGAGAAGGUUGAAUGCACCGUUUCCAACAUAAAGCAGACCAAGGUGGGAAGCCAAGGGCGUGGAGGGAGUUUUGAGGAGGUGUUGUCUUCAGCCGCUCACGCCAGUGCCCAAGAAACCCCCAGCAACAACAUGUCCAAGAGCAGUGAUCAUGAGAGGACCUGCUAGACCAGUCUGAACCACUCUACUACCUCCCCAGACCAGGAUUAGCACUCUACUGCCCCUCACUGGCCCAGAGGCCACAUUACCUGAUGUGGAGUGCAUGACAUAGGCCUAUCUAACCAAAGCCCCAUCAGUACCAACACACAUGUAUAUUAUCUACCUGCUACUUACAUUUACUUAUUACUUACUUAGCUUUAUAUGUGUUUCCAUACAACAUCAUAAAGAAAUAUUGUGAUACUG